UCCCGCGGCUAUCUCUGUGCCCCCAGCCGCUGCAUCUUCUACAGGCAGGAGGGCGCUUGGAGGGAGAGAAGGGAAGGAGGACGCAGAUUCUGGUGGGAGGACUAGGAAGAGGAUAAACGUCUGGGUUAGCGGGGAGGUGAGCAUUGUUCAUUGACAAGCGGAGAAAUGGAUGAAAGGAAAGCGAUAGAUUCAAAAGAAAGUGGGGAAUAUGAGGAUGACUUUGAAAAGGACCUGGAGUGGUUGAUCAAUGAUAAAGAAAAAAGUAAUGGCGGCGUAAUAGAGAUGGCUUGCAAGAAGGAAGACGAUCUUGACCAGGAAUUAAAAGAGGAUGAACCAGAAACAGAACACAGCCAACAGCUCUCUGAUCCAGAUAAACCCCUAAAGGACGAGGCCUCCCUCAGAAGAAAUGACUUCAUUUCCGUCCCAAGCAUUCAGCCCUUGGAUCCUAUAUCAGACUCAGACAGUGAGAACUCCUUCCAGGACUUCAAACAGGAAAAUCAGAGAGAGCUGGAGGAAGACGAGGACGAGGAAGUAAGGAGAUAUAUUAUGGAGAAAAUUAUAGAGGCGAACAAGAUCCUACAGAAUCAAGAGCCUGUGAAUGAUAAAAGGCAGCGAAAACUGAAGUUCAAGGACAAGUUAGUUGAUUUAGAAGUCCCACCGUUAGAAGACAGCGACACUUGUAAAACUUUCUCAGAAAACGAAAACAAUAUGUCUGGAAAACUGUCUCAGCUAUGCAUUUCUGGUGAACUUGAACAAGAGAAAGUGCUCCUGUCAGGAACUGACAGGAGCUGUGAAGACAACGAUAGGAAGAUACUGGUAGAGAGAGACGGGAAGUUUGAACUUAUGAAUUUACAAGACAUCGAGAGUCAGGGCUUUCUGCCUCCCAUUAAUAGUGCUAACAGUACAGACAACGAAACCCCCCAAUUGCCGCUCAGGUCUCCCACCCAGUCUGUUGGUGGUGUCAAGAAAGAAGAGCCUGCAGCAAAGGUUCACACUGUGGCUGUCUCCCCAACAGAGGAGCCACUGGCUCAAGUCCCUCAGCCACCACCCAGCCCCAAGAUUCGUCCAAGCUCUGCUGUCAACCCAGAUCUAAAUAAAAGAAGCAGGAGAUCUAAUCACAGGAUACAGUCUGCCAAUGUCUCUCCAGUGACCUCAACGUAUUGUCUGUCGCCACGGCAGAAAGAACUCCAAAAGCAGCUAGAAAGGAAGAGAGAAAAGCUAAAGAGGGAGGAAGAACAACGCAAAAUAGAGGAAGAGAAUGAGAAGAAGAAAGAGAACGAGAUGGUGUUCAAAGCAUGGCUCCAGAAGAAAAGAGAGCAGGUCAUCGAGAUGCGGAGAGUCCAGCGGGCCAAGCAGAUCGAAGACAUGAACAGCAGGCAGGUGAACCGAGACCCACAAGCGGCCUUCCGAUUAUGGCUUAAGAAAAAGCACGAGGAGCAGAUGAGAGAAAGGAAGACAGAGGAGCUCAGGAAGCAGGAGGAGUGUUUGUUCUUCCUGAGAGGAACGGAGGGCCGUGAGCGGGCCUUUAAACAGUGGCUCAGAAGAAAACAGAUAGAAAAACUAGCCGAGCAACAGGCUGUCAAAGAGAGAGCCAGGCAGCUCCGGCUGGAAGCACGGCGCUCCAAGCAGCUACAGAGCAACCUGUACAACAUGCCCGAAGCCAAGUCUUUCCGCUUUACUGACCACUACAACUGAAGCUGUCUGGGAAAGCCUUUAUUGGAAACUGCUGUCACCAGAGUUUUGGAUGUCAUUUCCCAUGGAGCCUGUGUCUUGACAAUACUCGAAAUUACAGAGUGGGAUUUGUCUUUUGGUAAUGCUGAUGGUGAAUUUUUAUUGUCUUCACACUAGCACAAAAUAAACGUCUCUCAAGU